AUGUCACUAUACAAGGAGAUCUCAUGCAAUGAAAAAACAUACGUAACCGAUGAUUCUUUACGACAUUGUAAUAAUUUUGACGAAUUUGAAGAAUUACAUUGUACAUUAAGUAACAUACUAAGUGCUCAAACGACUGCGAGCGAUAUUGCUAUUGAUAACAUUGAUACCAUCGAUUGUCUUGAAAAUAAUGUAUUAUCAAGUUCUAAUUCAAGCUUUUUACGAUUAUCGUCAAGUCCAUUCGUACUUAUAACAAAUAAUGAAACAGUUUCAACUCCUGAAGAUAAUAAUAACAACAACGGGUUCUUAAAACGUUUAGGAUGCUGGUAUCAAACUGAAAAGUCUUUUUUUACCUUGCAUUCAGCCGUCGCUACUUUUACGUUUGUUAGUGAAGAUAGUCAUCGUUCCAAAUUGAUGGGUUCAAAUUAUCUAUCACCAAUUUUGGAAACAAUGACAUCUCAACAGAUGAGAGUUUUACAAUCUUUAGUGAAAUCAAUAUUUCCAAUUAACAGGGAAAUAACUGAACCAAUGGGUUUGAAAACACCUAGACGAUAUAAGAAUAUUCCUACUGUUUUGAACAAUAUAUGA